UAUAUGUCCAAAGUAGUCAUAGACCCUAUAGAAAGAACAGAGGAAUAUGUCUCUUUUAUUGAGGAUUUAAAGAUUUUUCAUGCUUGCAAAGGGACAACGUUACUUCCCGAACCUGUGUUGGGGGGCAAAAAAAUUGAUUUAUUCAAGUUGUAUAAAGAUGUCGUUGCUGCAGGCGGCUUCGAUCAAGUCACAAAAAAACGAAGUUGGAAACAAAUUGGAGCCGUUUUUGAAUUCCCUGCUACAUGUACCAAUUCAGCUUAUAUACUCAAGGGUCUUUAUAUUCGAAAUCUAUUAGGAUGGGAAGAAGAAAAGGUCUGGAAUAAAGAAUGGGUUCCUCCAGAAGAACUCAAGGGACCUGAAGCACAUAAAGCAUCGACAUUAGCUGGAAAGUCAUACAAGAAAUGCAAACAUCGAGCUCAUCAACAUUAUGAACAUGUCCAUCAUGAAACAUUGAUUUUGCCCAAUACAGCCAUGAUCAAGGCAACCAUGCCUCAUAUUACCAAUGAAGGUCAUCAUUGCGAAAUAUCUGAAAGACACCAUAAAAUACAACCAUUUCAACAUGUUCAUUCCACUGAAUCCGAUGUUGACCGAGAUUGUGUAACAGGCAGUCAAUUUAAUGAAAGCACCAAACAACGUAUUCUACCUCGACUUCAAUCUUCAAACCAAGCUGAUGUGGAUUGGGCAUUAAACAACAUUGUGACGAUCUCUUAUGAAUGCCCUCAAAAGCUACUGCUGAAUGAAAACCCUGUGCUGCUUGAUUUAUUACUCAAAAAGACAUCUUCUUGCCUACAAGAUACCAUGUUCUCUGAAUCUUAUAGUCAUACAGUUGCUCACAAGAUUAUCUUGAAAAUACUCCAUAUCUUUAGAAACUUCUCAUUUAUUGAUUCCAAUGUGCGUGUGUUGGCUGCCAAUGCCGAUGUCAAACAAAUGUUGAUCAAAUGCCUUGUGAUGUCCAAUUCUGCGCAUUAUAGCCAUUGCAUUGAUAUCUUGGAGAACAUGGCUCCUUGUAUUGAAUUAGGCCCAUUUGAUUCGAUCAUUGGUUGUCUGCAUAACUUACUGAUGCAUGUGUCUGAAAGGUCUGUUAUUCUAGGCUCUAUUCGUAUCCUUACCAUCUUGGCUUCUUCCUGUGCUGUGAACCUUCAUUAUUUAUUACCCACGUCCACCCAAAUUGCCAGUCGAGUGACUCAAUUCUUGAUUGCGAAUGAUGAAGAAUUGAUUGGUGCUAGUCUGGAAUACUUGUAUCAAUACAGUCGGCUCUCUGUUGCGUUUGGUCAAUUCUUAUUGGAAUUAAGAGAGGGUGCUGAUAUUGGCAUUAUGGUCUCUCUCUUAAUGGCUUCUUGUAAAUACUUUCGACCUCUAUUGACACAGUCACCAUCCAAUCAAAAGGACUCGUUUGCGCUUGAGCAUAGACACCACCAUCAUGACAGUGUGCCCUGUAUGCCCAACUUGGCCUCGUAUCAACAGUUAGAUGAACCCUAUCGAUGUCUAGGAUGGCUCAAAGACAAAUUUGAACUUUCGAGUACGAACAAUGAAUUAUCGUUGGAUGACAUGUACUUGUUGUAUGAAAUGCGAUUUGGACAUGAAAAAGCCUUACGCAUGAAGGAAUUCUAUACUGUACUCAAGAUUGCAUUUCCUAUCACCACUGAAUCAGACUCACCUCAACAAGGAGCUAUUCUUGAAGGCACCACCAUACGAGGAUUACAGGUCAAAAUGUGUAUUUUACAUGAUGGGUCAGAAUUAAUGUGUCAAUGGACGAAUUGUACUCAACGAUUCAACAAUGAACAAUUGCUUCAAUAUCAUGUCUUGCAUGACCAUCUUCCUUCAUCCCACACCAAUUGCCUCUGGAUGGACUGUGAUCAAGACAGUUCAUUCUCAGAUCCAAAUGAAUUAACACUUCAUAUCAAAGAUUCCCAUUUGAAUAGUUAUGUAGAUACUUCGGACAUUGAAGGCAUUGCACUUGUAGCAGCUCAAUUACUCAACUUACUCUCUACUUUACCCAAUAGCCAUGUUGCCUUUAUGCCUUAUGAACAAGAAUUGGCCACCAUGACCAAAAAGAGACCGAAAUCAGCUCCUUUUAUCGAAUUCAUGUUUUCUAAUUUCUCUGUAGGUUCUUGUUCUUCCAGUUGUUCAUCUACGCAUUAAAAAUUUCAUUUCGUCAUCAAUCGCCCCCUUCCUUUU